AUGUCUCGCUCUACUCAACCUGCCGACGACUACAACGAUGAUCUUGAUGAUAUUGAUGAAUUUGACGAGAAUGGGAUGCCUGGAGGCCCCCUGACCAUUAAGUGGACGUCGGAACGUACAGAUCGUCUCCUGGAUUGGUUGGAACAAAAUGUUCAGAAACGACAUCUGCUCUUCUCCGACUCUCAGGAAGAUGCCAACAAAGAGAGUAGGAAGAAGGGUCAGGCAAAGUCGAGCAAGGUUACGAUACAUGGGGAGAUAGCUCAGUUUGUAUUCAGUGGAGAUAGGGAUCCAGUCAUACGCAGCACUCUCAAAGCCAAUCCAGGAAGGUUUGCAAAAGCUGUCGAUAACCACAUUGCCUCACUCAAGAAAAAAUACCGUCAAUCUUGUACAACGCUGGGUCAUACUGGAGCUGGUCUCACUUUUGACCAACUAGAAGGGAACCCCGACUACAAAGGACCAAUUGGCGUGAUCACUACAAAAUUCAAGAUCUUCAACCGUCUGCAUGGCUUUUGGCGGAAAAUCCCCAACUAUAAUCCGUUCACAACAUCGUCAGAUCCAGACCAGGAUCACGAGGCGCAGGCAUUCGAUAUGUUGUUCCCAAACAAGCGUAGCCGGAGUCGAGCUGACCAUCAUGCAGCAAGUGAACCCGCAAUGCAGGUCCACAAUCAGCUACCUCAACAACCUCUCCCCCAGAGCCAUGGGUAUGAGGAUUAUCAGCAUUUCCAGAAUGACAACUUUGUCCACCAACCGUUCAAUCAAUUCGCUCAGUUCAGUCAAAUCCCUCCGCAUAUCAACCAUCACAGUAGUUCUCUCGCCAAUUCUGGCAUGGUAUCUUCAGCUUCUUCCUUGCCAAACAAUUCAUCACUACCUUCGCUACCGUCUAUCGCAACUGAUCCUAGUUUUUUUGACUCAAACGCUGCCAGCCUUUUCCCAGGAGCAUACCAUCAAUCCCUUUCUUCACUUUUCCAGACAAACCAUUCCUCCCACUCUUUCGGUUCUUCAUUUGACGAUAUGCAGCCUCGAGGUCUCCAAGGUUUAGAAGUCGGACAUCUACAAGUGCGUGAUGUACCAUUUCAAGAUAUACCCUUCCAGCUUCCAAGUUCUCCUGUCUCUGGAUCCGUGUCUGGACACUCUGGUUUCUUUAUGAACCAGGCUCCCGCUUCUCCCGGCUCGGGCCACUCCAGCUUCUACGCAAGCGUACCUCCAGGCUCUCCGUCCUCUGGCCAGUCUGGCUUCAGUGCAAAUCCUAGCGCGAACCUCAUUCCUCUCUCACCUAACCCUGGCUUCUUUGCGAACCUUCCCCCGUCUUCUCCCGUUUCUCGCUUGGCCUCACCUCCUCCCCCUGUCCCAUCUAAGCUUACUGAAACUGCGCCCGCAAAGAUUGUCAAAUCGGGAAAACGGUCAUCUGCUGUGACCGUCAGAGAGACACUCCGGGCCCAGUUAGCAACAUCGUCAGGCAACGAAGUGAGCACAGAGCGUCUUAUCACCACAGACAGAAGGGUCAGUACAAAGGACGCUGGGACCCCACAGUCUGCAAAGGUGGACGACAGGCCACGUAAGCAACCACGAUCUCAUAUUGAGGACAAUGUGUCCUUGAUGCAGAAGGUGAUGGAGCCUGUUGCGCACGCUAUGCAAGGACAGCAAAGCCUUGCACAGGAGGCACUCCAAGUUAAGGGAGCCGUCAAGGAUAUCCCUGGUGUGGAUAGUAGCAUCAUCUCUUCCCUUCUCGCCAACAACUCUACCUCGCCUGCUCCCUCUUCACUGGUGUCCAAUUUCUUUGAGCAGUCGAUUUCUGGCCCUGUUGCUUCCUCUUCCACUUCCGUAUCCACCUCUGCUUUCAAUUCUCGUGCAUUGGACAAUUAUAAAGAUUAUAGCGGUGAUGAUGACGCUGAUGAUGACGCUGAUGACAAUGAAGACUCAAUGGCAGUUGAUGGGGGGUUGUACGAGUGA